AUGGCCUCGCAGAAAGAAAGUGGGUCAAUUGUCAGGCCACCAUUACUGGAUGGAACGAAUUAUGUGUACUGGAAGCAUCGAAUGGCCUCAUUCAUUCGAGCAGUGGAUGAAAAUUCAUGGACUUCUGUUGAAGAGGGCUGGACUUCUCCUGUGGAUGAUGAAGGAAAAGAGAAACCUAGAACCAAGUGGACGACCAAAGAAUUGGCUGCAUCGAAUGCAAAUCAAAAGGCGCUAAAUUCUAUUCAGAAUGCUGUUUCCAUGGAGGUAUUUACUCUGAUCUCUAUGUGUGCUACUACGAAGGAAACUUGGGAUGUACUUCAAAACACAUACGAAGGAAAUUCUAAAGUAAAGAAACAGAGGCUUCAACAACUGACUUCGAGGUUCGAAGAGUUAAAGAUGGACGAGCAUGAAACUAUCACUAUGUUUCAUAGUAAAAUUCUUGCUAUUGCAAACGAGAGCUUUUCAUUGGGUGAAAGAAUACCUGAAGAAAAACUUGUUCGAAAGGUGAUGCGUUCCUUACCGGAAAGGUUUGAUUAUAAAGUCACAACUAUUGAUGAAGCGCAUGACGUGACUGAUAUUAAACUUGAAGAGUUGAUUGGAUCACUGAGAACGUUUGAGAUGAACAUAAGGACUGGGAAGAAUGAUAAAAGAAAGAGCAUUGCUCUGGCGGUGGAGUCCAAAAGCUGCAAAACGGAAGUGACGAACUUUGAUACAGAUGAUCUGGUGGAAUCGUUUGCCUUAUUUACUAAAAAAUUUGGAAAGGCAUUUAAUAGGUUCAAGAAGAAAAGAGGGACUCAAAAGGAUUUCAAUAAUUCGAACCACAUGCAGAGUGAGAAAAAUUCUUCUAUGACAAGCAUUCAAUGUUAUGAAUGUCAUGGAUUUGGUCAUACUCAAUCCGAAUGCGCCAAUACCCUGAAGAAACUCAAGGAGCAUAACAAAUCCUACAACGUGUCUCAAAGUGAUGAAGAAACGGAUGAAAGCGGGAGUGGUUCUGAUGAGGAAACUGUUGCUCUGGUAGUAAGAACUCUGAAACAGGUGAAUAAGUAUGAGGAUCCUCUAAAGCUUGAAGAAAUAACUGAUUCUGAAUCUGUGAAUGUCAAGUGUGAUAGUGAGCCAAACAAAGUAUCAGAUGAAGUAACUACUUUGAUGCGAACUUCGGAGAAAACUGAUAUUGAUGUUGUGGCAUUUACUGUCAAAUUGAAUGAUCUAAAGAAUUCUGAGUCAACCCAAGAUAUGCUGAAAGAUGAUGAUGUUGUGGAUCCUGAUGAAGAUUAUCUUGUGCAAAAUUAUGAGCUUAUGUAUCAAAAAUGUUUGGCUAUGCUUGAAGUUAACAAAACGCUUUCUGUCAAGCUUGGAGUUGUCACGAAGGAGAGAGAUGAGUUUAAAGGUUUAUCAGAUAGUCUUCAGAAAGAUGUUGAUGCUCUACAACAAACAAUAAAGUUAAAAAUUAGUGAACUCGAACAUCACCAGAAACUAGUUAAGAUGAUGAAUUCUGGAACUGAAAAAUUUGAUGAAAUUCUGGAACAAGGGCAGAAUACAGAUGAUAAAGCUGGUAUUGGAUUUCACAAGAAACAAUGGGUUCCAAAAGAUGAGAUUUUGAGUACAAACAAAGUUUGUAAUCCUUCUAAAGAUGUUCCUCAUGCUCAUAUUGCCCAUGCCUCGUACAGAAACUUGCCUCCUAAAAGGAACCUUCCAUCUAAGUUUGUUCCAGUUUGUCAUCAUUGUCAAAGGCGCGGCCACAUUCGACCUCGUUGCAGAUUUCUUAUAGCUGACAGGAAGGCAAAUUUCAAAAACUUGAGAAAGUCCUCCUACAGAAAUCACAGAAGUUAUGUUGUUCGUACUUCUUCUUGGUCAGGCGCGCAAGAUAAAUGGUAUCUUGAUAGUGGAUGCUCAAGGCAUAUGACUGGAAACAAGAGUUUAUUGACAAAUAUCAAGACUGUAUCCGAGAAAGGAGUUACUUUGGGUGAUGGAGUUCAAAGUAAAGUCAUUGGAACAGACGAUGAGACUGGUAUGACUGGAAAAGGUACUGUUAGUAUCUCUCAUUCCUUUCGACGUGGAGUUGGUUCUGGUUUAGCUAAUGGUGUUCAUGGAAAUGGUCUGCUAAUUGCUUGA